GGGCAGAUUUCGGUAAAUCCAUGCGGAAGAUCAACUAAGGUUGACGGGGAUUUAUUGGAGAGUUGCGGAUGUAUUUUAAGUGGGCACGUUAAUAUGUCACAAAUCCCGUGACCACCGGGAAUGAGUGCGAUCUCAUAAAAGAGGCUGAGAAAGCUAGCAUACCGCCUUUCCUACUGUUUUUCAGCAAAUAUAAACGUAAACAUGACACUUGAUAAAGGGUGUUGCGCCUCUAUCUGUCAGAGUUUUUUCGAAUACGCGACCCCUAAAAUUCUAGUGAUAAGAAGCAAAAGAGUGGGAACAGUCAACAGGUUGAUCCAGGCAGUCAUCAUUGCUUAUGUGAUCGGGUACGUCUGCGUGCUGAAGAGGGGCUACCAAGACACAGACUCCGUCAUCAGCUCAGUCACCACCAAGGUGAAGGGCGUCGCCCUCACCAACACAUCUGACCUGGGCCUUCGCGUUUGGGAUGUGGCGGAUUACAUCAUCCCCCCUCAGGAGGAGAGUUCCUUCUUUGUGCUAACAAACAUGAUCAUCACCGCUAACCAAACGCAGUCACGCUGCCCUGAGGUCCCCGGGCCAAACUCCAACUGUUCGUCGGACAGAGACUGCACCCCAGGUCUCAAGGACGUGCGGGGAAAUGGUGUGCAGACAGGUAACUGUGUGAAUUACUCAGACUCUGUAAAGACUUGCGAAGUCCUGGCUUGGUGUCCCUUGGAAGUGAACGUGGAUCCACCUGUUCCUCCCAUGCUGGCAGAUGCUGAAAACUUCACUGUGCUGAUUAAGAACAACAUCCGCUACCCCAAGUUCAACUUCAACAAAAGGAACAUCCUGCCCCACAUCAAUAAGACCUACCUGACGCACUGCAUAUUCAACGCCACCACUGACCCAGACUGCCCCAUCUUUUCUCUCAAGUACAUCGUCUCUGCCGCACAGGAGGACUUUCAGACAAUGGCGGUGAUGGGCGGAGUCAUGGGGAUUCAGAUCCGGUGGGACUGUGACCUGGACAUGCCGGCCAGCUGGUGCAAGCCCCGGUACACCUUCCGGCGGCUGGACAACAAGGAACCCGAAAACAACGUGGCCCCAGGGUACAACUUCAGGUUUGCAAAAUACUACAGGACUGCCGAUGACGUGGAGGUGAGAACAUUGAUCAAAGGGUUCGGGAUUCGCUUCGAUGUCAUGGUUUUUGGCAAGGCGGGGAAGUUCAGCAUUGUGCCGAUGCUGCUGAACAUUGGUGCUGGGCUCGCUCUCCUCGGGCUGGUUACGAUUGUCUGUGAUUGGGUUGUCCUCACCUUUAUGAAGAAAAGGCACCAGUAUAGAGAAGAGAAAUUCUCUUAUGUGGAUGACUAUGGACUGCUUUCUGAAACGGCAGAAUGAGAAUGAGACGGGCAGGUCCCACUGCGAGAGCUCACAUUGAGAUCGGCAGGAGGACCUGUGGAAGAGGAGGGGCCUCCACUGGACACCGAAACCCACACUCCACCCAUGCCCCGCCCACCCUGUCCAGUAUUCUGCACAAACCCCCACCCCCCCUCUCAAGCCAGUAAACUGAUUCUUUGUCUGCAUCUAACAAUUAAACCAUUUGACCUCUGAACUGUGA